AUGAGUUACCCACAAGAGAGUUUUGGUGCAACUACAUUCGCACCAGGGUCAUUCUGGGCCCGGAGACGUGAGGUGGUUCGGGUUCAGACUCUUCGACACCAGCUUCACAUGCUCAAACAGACAGGCAGAUAUGAUGCCUUUAAACUGAAGUGGCAUCCUAGCUACUCAGAUCCACCUACCUCCUAUCCCAUUCCUAAUCAUCAAUUUUGGGACUCUGAUGUGGCGAAGUGGAUUGAAGGCGCGUGCUACUUACUCAUAGAUCACUUUGAUGCUGAGAUUGACGCCGCUGUGAAGGAGAUGGUGAGCAUGAUUCAAGGAGCACAACACCCAGAUGGAUAUCUGAAUAUCCAUUACUCUGUUGUGGAACCUGGAAAACGCUUUACUAACCUGCGAGAUAUGCAUGAACUGUAUAAUGCAGGCCAUCUCAUCGAGGCUGCACUCGCACACCAUCUUUAUUACAAAAAUUUCGAUCUGUUAUCACCGAUCCUCAAGUAUGUGGAUCUUCUAGCUUUAACUUUCGGUAAUAAACAGGACCAGAUUAAUGGAUAUCCUGGUCAUCCGGAGAUUGAGCUCGCUUUGUUACGUCUGUACAAACUGUCUGCAGAUCCCAAACAUCUUCAAUUAGCUCAAUUCUUCAUUGAAGAGAGAGGUAAUUCCAAAGGCGGCGCAAAGCAACGUCAUUUCUAUGAUGUUGAAGCUGAAGCUCGUGGUGAAAGUGAGCAUGAGUCUCCGGUGUACUAUCCUGCUCCAAGAAGUUACUGGUAUCAGCAAGCGCAUGUGCCUAUUGUCGACCAAGAGACAAUUGAGGGCCAUUCUGUUCGCGCUAUGUACCUACUCACAGCCGUAGCAGAUUUGGUGCGGAUCUGCUCACCUGAGAGUUAUACUGGGACAAAGUUCUUGCCAGUUAUACAGAGACUCUGGUCUAACAUGGUUGAGAAGAAGUCUUAUGUGACCGGUGGUAUUGGGGCCAUGAAACAAUGGGAAGGCUUUGGGCUUGAUUACUUCUUACCCCAGGGUACUGAUGAGGGGGGCUGUUAUGCAGAGACCUGUGCUACUAUUGGAGUUAUGAUGUUCGCUGAACGUUUAUUACAGAUCGAUCUGGAUAGCCAUUAUGCAAAUAUCAUGGAGCUCUGUCUUUAUAAUGCAGUACUCACUGGUAUGAGUCUGGACGGCAAGGCCUUCACUUAUGUGAACCAGCUGGCAUCUUCAGAGAAAGAUAUCUCUCAGCGUUUUGAGUGGUUUGAGUGUGCUUGUUGUCCGCCUAAUGUCACUCGUACCUUGGGUUUUCUUGGAGGAUAUCUCUGGAGUCACACGGUGAAGGAGCAAAGUGCCGUGGUCAAUGUGCAUCUGUACUCAGCAGCAACUCUGAAAAUCAACACGGGAGUCUCCACUAUGGUGAUCAGCCAAAAGACGGAUUGGCCGUGGAGUGGUGAUGUGAAUUUUGAUAUCCACACUGAGGGACCGGCUGUUGACCUGGAAUUACGGUUGAGAAUCCCCGGCUGGGCAAAAUCAUGGAAGAUCACUCCUUCUCCUGAGCGAUUGGACGUUCGAAAUGGAUAUCUAUUCUUGAAUUCAGAGUGGUUACAAGCAAACCCGCAGUUUCAACUAUCUUGCCCCAUGCAACCCCUUCUAGUCCGACCCAAUCCGUUGACAUUACAACCGGUGGUAUAUGUUACACGAGGACCAAUUGUCUACUGUGUUGAAGAUGUUGAUCAUCCCUGGGAAAAGGAGCAUUUUAAGAAAACAAUCUUCGACCCCAGUACACCUCUACGAGAAGAGGUACGAACACAGCCGGAUUCUUACGUUGCCAUCAUCGCUGAGAGCGGAGCCGUGGGCGAGCUGGAUACGUUGCCUUGGAACCGAAAAAUCGUAGCAGAUUCUCACAAUGAGAGUGCUGGAGAGCUACGUGACUUGUGUUUUAUCCCAUACUACCUUCGGGCCAAUCGAGGCGGGAAUGGGCAUAUGAGAGUGGGAUUGAGAGAAAAAUCGUUUUAG